AUGCGCCCGCCGGAUGUGGAAGACGCAGUACGAUCCAAGGCCAAAGAUUGGGCAGAAUGUUUAGUGCAGUUCGGGGACAGCGCCUACGACGCGCAGGAGGAGUUUCAGCGCCUUAUCGGCCUCCGGCUUAGCUACCGGAAGCCCAGCGCCCCGGGCGAAGCAGAGGACGCCGGCCCGGCGCGCUUCGGCACGGCACGGCGCGAGGAGGCCCGAGAGCAAGAGGGCCGAGAUGUGUUUUGUGAGAGGCUCAAGACUCGGAGUGGACAGCUUUUCUUAGUCCGGGUGCUGGUUCUGUUUGAUCUCAAGUUAGUUGUCGCGGUAGACGUGGGCUUCGAGGUCGGCACAGGGAUGGUAUCAGGUUUUGGGCAAGCGCAUCCCUUCCAGGCAAUGCAGAACACCAAAGUCCUCUGCCGGGAGAGGAACAUCGACUCCUCCCUGAUCUGCUCGCAGUGUGUCAAAGUUUUUACAGGUGGUGCAUACGAAGAAGCAGGCAUUGCAGUCCCUGCACACCCCCCGGUGCCGGACGUCCUCGGCUGCCUGGCACUGUCGGUGGGCGACGUGGAUGGGUGCUUUCCUCAAAGCGGUGUAGGCUCAGGGCUCAUAAAGGGCGGGACCACCAUAGAAGGCUUGGCCAGUGACGUGGACAUUCGGGCUGGGAAGGAGAUUCUCGGCUUUCCCUGGAAGUCGCGCGUCACCGAUGAUCAGAUAAGCGAGGACCGCUUUUUGGGCUGUGGAAAAGACCCAAAAAGUGGAGUGGCCUGUGGCUAUGCCAAACAUGGGCUCUGGCUGGCCGAGAAGAAGCUGGAGUUCUUAGGGAGCGAUGCCGACGAUCAGAGAAGCUGGCUGCCAAGCUGGCUCCGACAUCGAGUGGUCGAGACAGGCGAUGCUGAAAAGGACUACUGGUCGGCCUGGGUGCAUGGCUUACCCAAGUACGAGGACUACGAACAGCUUGGCCUACCCCUCACCACACCGGCAGCAGAGCUCGCCAAGCUCAAAGGACUUCCGAAGUUCGGGGGCGUGCCUCAGUGGACCAAGGACAUGCAGGACGUGCUCAAAAAAGAGCUGGACUUCUACAACUCCCACCGGGAAAGCCGACCCGAGAUCAGUUGGAAGGAUGCUCUUUGGGGCCUGAUCGCUGCGUUCACGCGUUCUUUCGACUGCGGUGGGGGAGGUCACAUGACCAUGGCUCCAGUGGGGGAUAUGGUCAACCACUCUUCGACACCCAACGUGGUGUACUACUGCGAGCGUGACUUGCUCAAGUUCACCACGCGCAGACCAAUCAAGGCUGGUGAUGAGCUGCUGGUGUCGUACCAUCCUCCAAAGGAUGGAAGUGCCACACUUCUGUCGCAGUAUGGUAUCCUCGACGAGGAGUCGGAUAAAGGUCGUUGGACAUCGGAUGACUGCAAAGAGCUUCAGGACGCGCACCUGGACCAGUCAUCCAGUUUAUUCCUGCAGAAGGCCGCCAAACUUAUCGAUGCAAAUUGCCCGGCAAAGCCCAG